AUGGCGGAAGUGCCGCGGAAACUGGCGCGAUCGUGGUCGUCGACCUUAAAGCUCCCAAAGUCCACGUUCCCGGCACGUGUGACUCCAGCCGAUCAGACGAAAUACCUAAAACGAUGCACCGACGACCUCUACGCCUGGCAGCGCCAUGAAAGACCUGCCGAUCAGUGCUUUGUCCUGCACGAUGGGCCCCCGUAUGCGAAUGGCGAUCUACACGUCGGCCAUGCUCUCAACAAAAUCCUGAAGGACAUAAUCUGCCGGGCGCAGCUCGGUUUGGGAAAAAGGGUUCGCUACGUACCUGGUUGGGAUUGUCACGGGCUACCCAUUGAGCUGAAAGCCUUGGAGGCACGGAAGGACGUUCGCGACGAAGAUGGCUCUGUUAAGGCCGCGGUUACAAGAAAGAUUGCUCGAAACCUUGCGGACCGGACGGUGAAAAAGCAGAUGAAUGGGUUUCGGGGCUUUGCAGUCAUGGCGGAUUGGGAAAAUCACUGGAAGACCAUGGACAAGGCUUUUGAGAAAAGACAACUGGGCAUUUUCCGUGAAAUGGUGGAGAAGGGUCUUAUUUAUCGGAGGUUCAAACCGGUCUACUGGUCACCCUCGACAGGCACGGCGCUGGCGGAAGCAGAGCUGGAGUAUAAAGAGGACCAUGUCUCUACGGCUGCCUAUGUGAAAUUUCCACUCGUGAAGGUACCGUCAUAUCUGAAACAGAACCCGCUGCUGAGAGGCAAGACCAUCAGUGCUGUUAUUUGGACAACGACCCCAUGGACCCUUCCCGCCAAUGCUGUUGUCGCCAUUAACCCGUCGUUAGAAUACGCAAUUGUUGACUCGGCGACUCACGGUCAUCUUCUCAUCGCGCAAUCACGAUUGGAAUCUCUCGAAUGCCUCUUGAAAGAAGACCUCUCCUUGAUUAUGCCAGGGAUCGUUGGCUCGGACCUUGCGGACCAAACCAUGUACCAAUCACUUUUCAAAGGGCCGGAUGCCGAAGCACAACCAGUCAUUGCCGCAGAUUUUGUAACUGCGGAUUCCGGGACCGGACUUGUUCACUGCGCCCCAGGGCAUGGCAUGGAAGAUUACGAGGCCUGUCUUGCUCGUGGUAUUCCUGCGUUUGCCCCGGUUGAUGAUUAUGGAAAAUUCACUGACCUCGCGAUGCCGAAUAAUCCCAAGCAAUUGAGCGGAAAAAGUGUCUUGGACGAAGGCAACGUGGCUGUGCUCGAAUAUAUCAAAUCGCAGGGACGACUUCUAUCACAACACCGCUACGAGCACAAAUACCCUUACGAUUGGAGGUCAAAACAACCCAUAAUCAUCCGGGCUACUGAGCAGUGGUUUGCCGACGUUGCUGAUAUUCAGGAAAACGCGCUAAAGGCUCUUCGAGAUGUGGAAUUCGUCCCGGCGUCUGGACAAACGCGGCUUGAGAACUUUGUUAAGAACAGAAGCGAAUGGUGUAUUUCUCGCCAACGUGCCUGGGGUGUGCCCAUCCCCGCUCUCUACCAUGAGGGUACCGGCGAUGCCAUUCUUACAAAGGAUAGCGUCUCGCAUAUCAUGAAUGUCAUUGAUGAGCGUGGAGUUGAUGCGUGGUGGACAGACGAUGCCAAUGACCCCGCUUGGAUUCCACCUUCGUUGAGAGAAACAUCCGGUCCUGGAUAUAGGCGUGGAACCGAUACCAUGGAUGUAUGGUUUGACAGUGGCACUAGUUGGGCAGAAGUGGAAACCCCGUACGGCAACCACGGCCACCCUGCAGAUGUUUAUCUGGAGGGUAGCGAUCAACACCGGGGUUGGUUUCAGUCUGGACUGCUCACCUUCAUCGCACACCAGCUUGCUUCCAACGAGACCAGCACUCCUCGAGCGCCAUUCAAGACCUUGAUCACUCAUGGAUUCACUCUUGAUGAGGAGGGUAGGAAAAUGAGCAAGUCCAUUGGGAAUGUUAUCCUUCCACAAACCAUCAUGGACGGGACCCUACUACCACCCCUCAAACAGAAAAGGGGCAAAGGGAAGAAACAGCCGGAGAAUCAGCAACCUGUGUACGACUCUUUAGGCCCGGAUGCCCUUCGACUCUGGGCCGCGGGCAGUGACUACACUCGGGAUGUUGUUAUCGGCAAGCAAGUUCUGCAAACAGUCCACACCAGCUUGCACAAGUACCGUGUCACCUUCAAGCUUCUUCUUGGUGCCCUUUCAGAUUUCUCCCCGGCGAGCAUGGUUCCGUACGACGAAAUACUACUCGUGGAUCGUAUCGCUCUUCUGCAUCUCUCGGAAAUGACACUGGCGGCUCGAGCAGCCUGCGAGAAAUUUGAGUUCUACAAGGCUACCAACGCAGUCAACCGAUGGGCCAACAUUGAGUUCUCUGCUUUCUACAUGGAAGCCAUCAAGGAUCGCCUAUAUACCUACGCGGAAAACAGCCCUAGCAGACGAGCUGCCCAAACGACAUUAUUCCACAUCUUUAAGCACUUGCAGGAAGUACUGGCUCCCAUAACUCCGUUGCUCGUGGAGGAAACCUUUGAACACACACCGAAAGCAAUUCGGGCUGAAUCCGAGCAUCCUCUAAGGCGUAUCGCCUCGGAGCCAGCCUCAGAAUGGCAGAAGCCCUUGCUAGGUGGAGACUAUCAGGAGAUCGUCGCAGUCCACUCCGCUAUCAAGGCUAUGCUGGAAAAGGCAAGGGGUCAGAAGCAGACCGGCUCGUCCCUGCAGUCCUUCGUGCACAUCCAGCUUCCGGCAACGAAUGCGCCAUCCACCCUUCAACAAAAUUCAAACGAACUCGCUGAUAUCUUUGUCGUCUCGUCAGUCACCGUUGGUGGUGCUGAUGAAGUCAUCCCGGAUGCAAUAACGAGCGCCGAAUGGCACUAUAGCGAGGAGUAUGAGCUUCCAAAUGGAGGAAAAGGCACGGUGUAUGCCUAUACCCCACAGGCAGCUAAAUGCCCUCGUUGCUGGCGGUAUGUGGUUCCGAAAGAGGAGGCCGCCGACGACAAGGCAUGCGGUCGCUGUGAAGACGUGGUCCAGGAACUUGACGCAACCUCAUGA